AGUCGCCCAUGGGACAAAAUGUCGUACGUGUUCCCGAAAAGGGCUGGUGUGUCGCUCAAGCAGGUGAAGACUGUCCUGGUCACUUUUUGUCCUUUCGAGUUCAAUGUGCAAAGCACCAGAAAUUUUCUUCAGUGUCUAUUUGAAAAGAAGGCAUACAAAUCAAACUUGAACUGUGAUGUGAAAGCAGAGAUAAAACAUGAUGGAUCUGAACCAGUUAUAGACAUCACAUUUGCUGAUGGUGAGAGAUUGGUUAUGAAAGGAGCCAAUUUAACAACUCAAGAGAUGUUAAAUGCAUUCAACUCUAGAUGUCAAAAGAAAGAACUUGCGGUAGCAGAAUAGCCACCACCAUAGACUACUUGAAACUGACGAUAGAAGAGUUUGCAUCAAUAUUAUAAAUGCAUACCAAUCUACAUGAAACUACACUCAGAAAAAUGGCAAGGACUUUCCUAAUAACCGAAAGAAUCUAAAGUGGAUAUAUAGAGGAGGCAAGCUGAUUCUGGUUUUAAAAAAUGCUUUUUGGACUUUUGAUUAAAGAUUAAACUCUUAACACCUU